AGGCGUCUGCCGAUGUUCGUGCUUUCAGCAGCGGGAGAGACGAAGUAGUUUCUAGCCUUUUCUUCCAGGACUUUAAAUCUCCGGCUUUACCCGUGAGCUGUCUUAUUAUUCCGCGACAUUGUAGUGGACUUUGUCUGUAUAAACCUCACUUUUAAUAAUGCCUCGUGGUGGAAAGAAGGGCCACAAAGGCCGAGGGAAGCAGUUCAGCAACCCUGAGGAGAUUGAUCGACAGAUGAAAGCCCAGAGAGAGCUGGAGGAAAGUGCUGGUGCAGAGAAAGAAGGCUCUUCAGAGUCAGAGGAGGAGAGCAGCAGCGAAGAGGAGUCUGACUCCAGGAAGAGGAGUGGAGUGGAGGGGCUUAUAGAAAUUGAGAAUCCCAACCGUGUCUCUCAGAAGAGCAAGAAGGUGGCUGAAGUAGACGUCAGUGCUCCCAGAGAGCUGUCUCGCAGAGAGAGAGAGGAGAUAGAGAAGCAGAAAUCAAAGGAACGCUACAUGAAGCUCCAUCUUGAGGGUAAAACUGAGCAGGCCAGAGCUGACCUGGCUAGAUUGGCCAUCAUCAAGAAACAGAGGGAGGAAGCUGCCAAGAAGAGAGAUGAACUCAGGAAAGCAGAAAAAGAAGCGGAAGAAGCCAAAGCAAAGCGCUAGUCGUCCAGCCCAAAGCUUCAACAUCCACUUCAGUCUCAGAGGGAUGGAGGGAGAAGGAGAUCUGGAGGAGAACGGGGAGGGGACCAACAUGAGUGGUGUCAAAUUCAGGACUGCUCCUGAACUCCUGUCCCUUUUUUCAAAUCAGGGGGUGUGGAUCUUCCACGGCAGUGUGGUCAGGACAGGGAAAACGGGUGGAGCAAAGCAAGAUGAAGAGGAAUGCAACAUUUGGGAUGCCUCUGAUCUUCUUUAAAAUUUCUUGAAGGUUCAAGAGGAGACAAUCGCAGGUUUUCCAAGUGCUUCACAGCCUCUUUAUUCUUCCCACCCACCAGGGUUUUAGUUCUAAAGCUGCUAAAAUUAUUUCCAUUCCUUUUGAUUUCUACAUUUUACAAGAUUACCUACUAGAAGUUUACUGGACAGUUAAUACAGUGAGCAUGCAUGAUUUCUUUGGUGCUUUUUUACUCUCAUCUGUUUUGUAAGAAGGCAAAGACAAUUAUUCAAACCAUAAACUAUGUAUAGGAAAUACUGACUAAUUUCUUCUGAGUUUAAAAUGGCAUGCGGCACCACAGCUAUCAGUUCCAUCAACAGUUGGGCAAAUAUGAUGUAUAUGAUCUUCCUCUUUCUCCCCCCACAAUCUGAGCAAAACCAGUUGUCAGUUCAAACGUGUUUCAAGAUGUGUCUUGUAAUCUUUUGCUCGAAGCAUCAGAAAUAGUACUUGAAUUGCCUAAAAUAAACGUUCUUAGGUUGUUGAACAUCAGUGCGGGGAAGUGCAGUCUGGAACCGCCUCACUAACUGUGCUCUUGCCCUGUUUCCGACGAGAUCUUCUGUAGUUCUCUGGGAGAGAUUGUGUCUUCUGUUGCCUUUUUUUUAAAGUUUGCACAAGACCAACUCACUGUCUUUCUCCUGUGAUUAUUGUGCUUCAAUGAACUUACGCAGGGUUAGUUUAUUAGGUACACUUAGAAUCCACAGUAAGACGCCGCUAUGCAUCAGCAACACUAACAACAGUCUCUAAAUUAUCGCUCAACUCCUCGCUCACAGUGCAAACAAGAGCCAAACAAUAUAAAUUUGACAAAAGAAAAAAAAGGAAGGGAGAAGGCUUCACAUGUGUACAUAAUAAAGUAGUAACUCAGUAUAUGGUGGAUUUGGAAUUGCCUUGAUCAGGAAAACAGUAUUCCCUAUAAAAUAGAAGCAGUUCACUGAACAAACUGUUGGAUCCACAAAGUAUAAAACAUGUAGCUAAAUUUUCCAUCAUGUAUUUGAAUUCAGUUUUAAAAAAUAAAGUCAUCAGUAAAUAA